GUCCUGGUGCAGACGCCCACCACCAACUACACCUCACAGGACUACAAGCGUCUCUUCACCGACAUCGGUUUUGAGGACGGCUGGUUGAUGCGUCAGGACACGGAGCCGCUGGUAGAGGACCUCACACCCCCGGGCGUGGCCGUCCACUGCUUGUUCGGCAGCGGCAUCGAGACAUCCGAGGCCUUCCGGUACUCUGACAAAUUCCCCGACGUGGAGCCCACGGUGGUGUUGGGAGACGGCGACGGGACGGUGAACCUGCGCAGCGCUGUCCAGUGCAAGCGGUGGGUGGGGAAACAGAAACAGCCCGUGACGUUAAAAGAGCUUCCGGGGAAUGAACACGUGAACAUGUUGUUGAACUUUACGACGGUCGCUUACAUCAAGACCGUGCUGUUCUCACCCUGAUGCUGGCGGACGCUGAGGGGGGAGGGGGCACGAAUACCGCUGUAACUGACUUAUCUUUUCUGUCUCUCUGAGCAGUGAUCACCAAAAUAUUCCCUCAUACCUGCCGCAUUGAAAAAGUAUUGAAAGUUUAUAGUUAGCUUACAGAAUCAAAGUUUUAAAUUAAUUUUGUAGCUGAAAUUAUACGAUUUAUUUUAACGUCACAUUGUUUACAGUUGAUCACACCUGAAUAUAGUGACUUUUAUAUCUUUCUCAGAAUUUAAAGAACCUAAGAUUUUACUUACUUGUCCAAAACCAGGGACGAACCAGGGUGUGUGCCACCGCGUGAGUUAUUAAUCAACAUCAGGUCUUUUAUCAGUGUUGUGAAAGAGAUUUCUGAAUUUCUAUUCCCCUAAUGUUGUGAGGCGAAUUGGUGAACCACAUACUUUAUUUAUCAUGUGUCAGUGCUUGUCAUAUAUUUAAAUGGUCUAAACAUACACUGUAUAUAAACUUGGACGACGCAUCUCCGCUUCCUGCUGUCGUACAAAAAUGAAGCUGAAAUAUUGUGGAUUUGUUUGCUCGUCUUUGUUGUCGGUGUCUGCGCCGUAGUGAUCGUGGUGCAGAGCUGUGGUAUCGCUGUGGACGUGGAGGAGGCAGGUUUAUGACCUGUCCUGCAGCCAGCCACCAGGGGGUGAUCAAGAUAGUUUCACGUUGUCCAAGUUUAUAUACAGUUCAUUCAUUUAACAAACAGACUUUUACCAUCAUUUGAGUUCUCGUGAUCUUUUUGUUCUUGCAUGUUUUUGUUUUGCAUGCAGCCGAGCUGUAAGAACUUUGUUGUUUCUGUUUUCGUUCAUGUUUCAUGAACCCUUAACUGAAGAACUCUAACUCUAACUUGGCAGUAAGCUUCUCUGUCCAUACAGUUUUUUCAUCACUCUCUAUACAUUUAGACUGGACAUGUUCUUUUUAACCUAGAGUGAACCAGGUGCCUCGACUGGGCUGGAUUUAACAUGAAUGAGGGGACUUUUAUUGCAUCUUGCAAUAUAUCAGAUAAUUUGUUGGAUGUUAUAUUUUCUCUCAUUUCCUCUGUUUUUACCAUAGACUGUAAAUAAAGAUGGAUAUAUCUUGAAUAUGAACGUCAGUCUGCACAGUAGUGAUCGUGAUGUGGAGUCGAGGGCCCAGCGAUAGAUGGGCCAGACCAAUCACGAGUCAGUCUCAGCUGUCAAUCAUGAGCUCCCAGCCUGUUUUUAUAGCAGCAAUCAUUUAAAACCAAACUUAAAGGAAAAAAAAAACAUUGAAAAAAAUCAGGACGACUAACUAUCCCAUCCACAGCCACUAGGGGUCGUUCAAGAUUUGGCUUCAUUGGGAGCUGCCAUCAGAAUCAGAAGUACUUUAUUAAGUACUUUGUUAAGUACUUUGUUAAUCCCCGUAGGUCAAAUGUCACGUCGUCCAUCUUGAGAUACAAUUGUACGUGAUUCCUUGUCCUUGAAGAAAUGCAGCCAGAAUCUAAUUCUCUUCAGUGAUUGUCCUGUGUCAUCAACAUAAUCUAAUAUAUCUGCUGUGAACUAUCGUGAGAUCGUGUGUAAUGAACGUGUGUUGCUUUCUAAAGAGUAAAAUAUAUCUCAAAUGUUAA